CUUCUAGGUUCCAUUUUUAAUCUCUCUGAUUCAGUUAUUCUCUCUGACCAAACGUUUCCAAAAUUUUCUCUCACUUUCUCGGGAAAAUUUACAACCAAUCCUAGAAAAUUCACACAGCUAUUUUUUAACUCAUCCAGAUUUUCCUUAAUCAUCAUCAUCCCUCUCCCCUAUUUCUACUUUAUCAUCCACAAGUUUUUUCACAAUCCUGGGAUCAUCAUCAUCAUCGUCAUGAUUUGAUUAGCAAACAUAACCCAGAAUCAAAUGAUGAAUGACCUUAUCAACGAUGGGUCAAUUUUCACUAGAUUCUAUUUCCUCGGAGAAAUCUGAGAGAAAGAGGUUAUUUCACUAAUCGUCUUGUCACGUGCGAACGUUUUUAUUUCCUUUCUCUCAAAUGACUCGUCACGUGAUUUUAAAAUCGCCGUUGUUAGCUUCAACGGAAGAAUCAACGAUGAGAAACUCUCCUCCUAUGACGACGGCGUUGAGCAAAGAGAGACGCAAGGUUGGGGAGGUAGCGGGAGGAGCGGCGGCGGAGUGUGCGGCGGUUUGGUGUUGUUGUCCAUGCGCGGUUGUGAAUCUGGUGGUUUUAGCCGUGUAUAAAGUUCCGGCGGCGGUUUGUAAAAAAGCUUGGAGACGAAGUAAACGACGACGUUUUACGAGGAAACGACAUGGUUUGCUUGCGUCAGCGACGGCAGAAGGAAGUGAGAGCACCGUACACGCUAGAUUGAAUGGGGAAGAUCUAACGGCUGAGAUUGUUUUUGAGGAUUGUCAAGUGAAUGGUGAGUUAAACGACGUCGUUAGGCUUGAGAAUGAAAUGUUGGAUCGUUUCUAUGGGGCUGGCUUUUGGAGAAGCCCUUCACAGAGGGACACGUCAUCAGGAAGCCUAUGAAUUCUUCUUAUGAGUCUUUUGGGUUUUUGAAAGAACUAUAGUAAUUUAUUUAUUAAAAAAAUAUAUGUAAGUUUAAUUGUGUGGGUAUGUGAAUAGGAGAACCUAGCAUCCUUUAUACAAUUUUAUUUGUUUUCUGUUCGUUUUAAAUGUAACUAUGUCUCAUUGUGUUAGAAAUUAAUGGAACCCAUAAAGACC